CGGCGAGGAUCCCGAUUCUCCAUGUGCUGCGCUUCCGGGCCAAUCGAACACCGCCACUUCUCACAGCUGAAGCAAAUCCAUGGCCUUCUCAUCACCUCUUCUCUCUCCCAACUCCCCAUUCUCUCCUCCCUCUUUCUCCGCCGCACCACCGAGCUCGGCCUACUCCGCCGGCGCCGCUCGCCGCGUCCUUCUCUGGAACGCCAUGAUCCGAGGCUAACCGCGGUCCCCAUUAGAAGUGCCUACAGUUGUUCGACGAAAUGCCUCAGCGAGGCCUAAAGCCUACGUAUGUCUUAGAUGCAUGCACUCGAAGUUACCAAUGUGGCCUUCGAUGUCGUGCCUUCGAUGUUGUCCCUCCGAUUGGUAGUUCGCAGCUGAAUUUUUAUGUAGAGAUGGAAAGCUCUCGCCUUUUUUAUUGGGUCGUUGGUCGAUGGGCAGAAGACUUUUGACGUUAGCUGGGCAAGACAAUUGGACUAUUGAACCGAAUGAUAUCGGAGUGUGUAAGUUCCGGUGACAUCGAGUGUGAAAGGAGGCUCUUUGACGAAACGCCGGCGAGGGAUGUGGUAUCAUGGAACGCGAUGCUUUCGGGAUAUGGGAGAGCUAUGGAUGUAGAGAGCGCACAAGGCUUGUUUCGAAGGAUGCCGUUGAAAGACAUCAUGAUUUGGGCGAUUUUGGCGCAGCACGGAGAUUGUUUGACGAAAUGCCAGUCAGGAAUGUGGUCUCUUGGAAUUGCAGCCACACCCGUCGUCGAAGAUUUCAGCAGGCAUUAUUGGAUCUUUUUUUUCGGAUGGCAUGCAGAUGGAGGGUUUCCAGUUGACCUUACAUUUGUUUCUUCUCCAUCAACCCGUGCUCAUCUUGGAGCUUCGGAGAUCGGGAAAUGGAUGCAUUUCAACAUCAUAAGGGACAGGCUUCAGUCAGGAUCUAUAGCCGGGACUGCACUGCCAGAAUUGUCCACCUAGUUGGUCAUGAAGCACGUAUUCUGUUGGAAUGUGAUGAUUAAAGCACUUGCAAUCCAUGGAAGGGUAGACGAUGCAAUGAAGCCCUUUGCGGCAAUGAAAAGUGGACUUGUUGACCACGGCUAUGACUGUGUUGUUUGCUUGUAGUCAUGGAGGAUUGGUCGAAGAGGGCCGCCAAAUCUUUGACUCCAUGGAGAGGGAAUUUAAGAUUCAGCCAAAAAUCGAACACUAGUGGUAUUUGGUUGGUCUGCUCUGCCGUAAUGGUCGAUUGGAAGAAGCGCAGGGCUGAUUUGGCAAGCCUUUUUCCAUGGAAGUCCUAAUGAUAUGUUCGCUUGAUGGGCAUAAUUGUUAGCAGCUAUAUGAAAGAAGGCAUGCGGAUGAGUGCUGAGGCAAUUUUACUGGUGCAGGAGCACAACCAUCCCCAUAUAUUGCUGCUACAAAUUGGAAAUACAUUUUGUAAACUUCCUGGUGGACGUUUGAAGCCUGGAGAGAAUGAAAUUGAGGGUUUGAAACGGAAGCUGUCUAGCAAACUUGGUGCCAACUCGCCUUCCUUUCAGCAAAAUUGGCAGAUUGGAGAGUGUGUCGCUGUGUGGUGGAGGCCAAACUUUGAAACAAUAAUGUACCCGUAUUGUCCUCCUCAUAUCACCAAGCCCAAGGAGUGUAAGAAGCUUUUUCUUGUUCACCUGCCAGAAAGAGAAUACUUUGCUGUUCCCAGAAACUUGAAGCUGCUUGCUGUUCCAUUGUUUGAACUGUAUGACAAUGUUACGAGAUAUGGACCUGUUAUCUCAACCAUUCCACAACAAUUAUCAAGGUUCCAGUUCAGCAUGGUUAGUUCGUGAAGAUGGUAGGCUAAGUUUCAUGGCAGAGUUCUUUCAUUGACUGAUCCACCCGGACCUUCAAAAUGUGCAUGCAGCAGCAAGAUGAAUGAAACUUUAUCCAAUCUAACUUGAACCCCUUCGCUUACGUAGUAUAUUGCCUCCUCUAGCUUUUUGUGUGAACCUAUAGAACCUGUUGAUGUGUGUAUGGGGUUUUUUUCUUUUCAAAUGUAAGAUUUACUUCGGCAGUUGGACUUCCAAGUGAUCGUAGUGUGUAGCUUAGAAAAAAUAUAGGCUAAUCUUUAGAUCCCAAAACCCUCUCUUAGUAACAGCACAUUCAUUAAACUGAUGCUAGGUUAGAGAAUGGAUAAGAGGGCAGAAACAGGCGAGAAACUGAGAUGUCUAUUGUGUGUUGAAGCUUUACAUGUCUCUAGAUCCCAAGUUUUCCAGCUCAUGCUGGGUUUGCUUGGUGUUUGAAUGCAGGCGAGUUGCUAAAUGUUUCAUGAAGAUGGGGUAAAUUUUGAGCAAA